UUUAAGGCUUGCUUGUUUUUUUCCUGCCCACUGCAGACAAGAUGGCGAACAGAAAACUUUGUGCGCUCGCGGUGUUGUUAGGGCUGGUAUCGUUAGUUUAUGGAAUCAUGAGCGAUUGUGAACUACCGAAAGAUAAAGGGUCAUGUGAUGGGCGGUAUCGGAGCUACUAUUUCGACAUGAAUAGCCGGGAAUGCAGGCGAUUCAUUUGGUCAGGCUGCGGAGGCAACGGCAACAAAUUCUUCACCCUGGAUGAGUGCCAGUUCGCUUGCCACUACUACAUGCGCCUCAAACCGUAACUGCCAACACAACGAGCUUGCUAAGCACUAUUAGCCUGUUGCUAUUUUGUCAUUGUUUUAGAUGAUUCUCGGACAGACGUAUUGACAUUAUUGAUUUCAUAAGUAAAGUAUCUUUUGAUUA